AUGGCAGAACCAACAAGCUCGGUUAAAGUAGUUGAAGUUUGCAGGGUGGCUCCUCCUCCUCCACCCUCACCCGGUGCAUUCGCGUCCCCGAGCUCCCUUCCCCUUACCUUCUUCGACAUCCGUUGGUUAAGGUUUGGGCCGGUCCAGAACCUUUAUUUCUACCAAAUGCCUACUUCCUCUACAACACCGCUCUUCUUUGAUUCCAUACUUGUCCCAAAACUCAAAGCCUCACUCUCUAACACCCUCCAGCACUUUCUACCUCUGGCAGGAAACCUCACUUGGCCUCAAGACUCCCAAAAACCCGUCCUUAACUAUGUCCAAGGCGACACCGUUUCGCUCACAAUAGCAGAGUCUGGUGCUGACUUCUACCAUCUUUCAAGUGGUGACUUUGUUGAAGCCACAGAGUACCAUCCUCUUGUACCCCAGUUGGGAGCUUCUCAUGAACGAGCUGCAGUGGUGGCAUUGCAAAUCACUGUCUUUCCCAACUGUGGCUUUUCGAUUGGAACUUCCAUACACCAUGCAGUCCUAGAUGGCAAGAGUAUAACUUUAUUUGUAAAAUCAUGGGCUCACAUUUGCAAACAUGAUGAUCAAUCUAAUUCAAUGCUACCUGAUGAGCUGAAACAAUUUUAUGACAGAGUGAUUCAGGAUCCAGCUGAGCUUGGAACAAUCUACUCGAACGACUAUCGAAAUAAGGACGGUCCCAACAAUAGGAGCUUAAUGUUUUGGGAGAUGAAACCACCACCAGACUCAAUCCGAGGCACCUUUGAAUUCACACGAGCAGAUAUAGAAACACUGAGGCAAUCGUUCAAGGCUAAAAUGGCAGAGCAGAAACCAGUUCAUGUGUCAACUUUCACUCUAGCUUGUGCCUAUACAUGGGUUUGCGUAGUCAAAGCAGAGGACAUAAAAGCUGACAAAACACGUCUGAUCUUUAGCAUGGACUGCAGGUCUCGCUUGGACCCUCCUAUACCUGCAAACUAUUUCGGAAACUGCAUAGCAGGAUGUAUACCAGUUGCCGAAACGAAAGGCUUGCUUGGAGAAGAUGGGUUGGUUGUCGCCGUGAAUGCAAUUAGUGAAGCUACAGAAAGAUUGAAGAAGGGGGUUUUGGAUGGGGCAGAGAAUUGGGUUUCAAGGUUGUUUGCUUUGGGAAGUGAGGGAAGAAUGCUCAGCAUUGCUGGUUCAAAUCGGUUCGGAAAUUAUGAUACUGAUUUUGGAUGGGGAAGACCAAAGAAAUUUGAGAUUGUUUCCAUAGAUAGAACCAGAGCUUUCUCCCUUUCAGAUUCCAAGACUGGUGCUGGGGCUAUUGAAGUUGGGUUGGCUUUAGACAAACAUGACAUGCACGUUUUUGCUUCUCUAUUUGCUAAAGGUCUUCGAAACCUUUGA